AUGGAAGGUUGUAAUGGUAGUGGAACCAAAUGUGGUUCCUCAGAGUCGCAGAAAGGAUCGCAACUUUAUCGGCCAACUCGUGAACGUAUCAGUGAUAGCAGUGAAGAGAACCAGGACGAUCAACGACAUCGGCAAAUCGUUGGUCUGGAAGAG